ACCUCAUUCUAAUAAUCACCAGAUAAGCAUCAAAUAAUAAACAUGUAGAAAGCCCUUCACCAAGUGAUGUUUCCAAUCUUCACGGUGAAAUUAUCUCAAAAAAACAGCCUUAACAUCUAUAAUCAUGGAUUCUACUCCUCACACUAACGCCCUACAGCGACCAUGUCAACAAUCCUAUCUAGACACAGCAGCAGAAAGUACAGCAGAUACCAAGCCGACGAAGACGACCUUUUCUGACCUUCCGGCCGAGCUGCGGGAGAUGAUUUGGAAAUAUGCACUGCCAGACUCUCGCGUCUUCAACGUAUUAAUCAACACCUCUGCCUGUUUGAAGAUGGAUUUAGUAGAGCGCGGUAGCUUACGAAUACCGAUUGCUCACGUCUGUUUCGAGUCGCGUCAGGUUGUCUUAAAGGCUGGGUACAUAUUGGCUUUUGGCGAUAAAUACGAGCCCGAUGACCCGGGUGUAUUUUUCAGACCUGGAAAAGACACCAUCAAUAGGAAGCUUGGGGACCGGAAGGAGGACUUUUGGGGUCCGAGCCGUUACCCUUCUUACGGAUUUUUGUGCUAGUGACGAGCGAAAGAAUUCGAUAUAUUUAUUACUAAGCACAGCCAUGAAUAUUUCAUGAGUCGCAGGACUUCUGAUUACAAAUAUGCCUCCGCUUUAUGAAUAUUUUUACCGGCGACUUGCACAGAAGCACCGCCCUUUCCUUCUACUUGAAGCUCGAGCUUCUCGUUAGGCCAUAGUGUAACGUAAUUAUCCGACCAAAACACAGGCAAAACGUCGUUACCUUCCUUGUCGACAAGGUUAAGUGUGACGAAGAAUGCGGGAACAUCCGAAUGGUUCUCAACCACAACUACUUGUCCCAAUUUUGAGCUAUCUCUCUUUGCAGGCGUCGCUAAUGUUAUUGAGACGUCUGCAAUCG